GGAGGGGAGGGACUGACCUCGUCAAAUUCGGCUUGCGUUGUGUAGGUCAUUUUGUUGGUGGUUUGCGAGGCGUCUCCUCUUGUGGUGGUGGUAGGAUGGUUUAGUUGGAGGUGUGUACGGGGAGAAUGAUGAGGGGAGCUUGGCUUUUAUAAUGGAGAAAGCACGAGCUACCGCGGUUGUUGGUCUAGGUUCAAGGGGGUUAGUGGUUCUUUUAUCCUUUAUCGCCGAGGAAUGGGCAAGGCGGGCCGUUGCUGGGCUGACAGGUCACAGCGGAGAUUUCCCCACUUGCUGGCGCGCAUUGGCGGCUUCGCUUGUGCUAUCAUCCAUCGUCAUUAUACGCUCCCAACCCAGGGGUCCUCGGGUGGACGUUACUCUAGGCAAAAUGCGGUGUGAUAUUUCUUCCAUUGGGUAUACUAGAAGGUGAUUUAGAUUGUGCCAAGAUAAAUAGAUUGCCAAAGCCCAUCCAAAUAUAAGCGGGGUGUCUGCAUAUAGUU